CUGCAACAAAAUCUUGGCGAGGAAGUCGUUAAUCGAAGCAAACGAAGCUAAAAUGCCAGUAGAAGGAGGAAAAGGAAGUUCCGGCAUGGGGUUGGUGGAAGUUAGUAUACCUCAUCAGAAAUCCUUUGAUGGGAUCCCCUUCCCAGCGAUUGUCUCUCCCGAAACUACUUUUGAUUUCGAUCUCCCUCGAUUCAUCGGCGCUAUAACCCAACACAAAUCAUGGCUAGAAAGUUUGAUCCAUACUAGCGGUGCUCUUCUUCUGAGAGGUUUCCCAGUCAUUACAGCUUCCGACUUCGAUCAUGUUGUCCAGGCUUUCGGUUACGACGAGUUACCCUAUGUUGGAGGAGCUGCUCCACGCACCAAAGUCGUCGGUCGAGUCUUCACUUCCAAUGAAUCCCCUCCUGACCAGAAAAUCCCCUUUCACCAUGAGAUGGCUCAGGUUCCUGAGUUCCCUUCCAAGCUGUUUUUCUUUUGUGAGGAAGAGCCAGCCAAUGGAGGUGAAACUCCCAUAGUUCUCAGUCAUCUUAUUUACAACAGGAUGAAAGAGAAGUACCCAGAAUUCGUUGAGAAGCUGGACGAGUUGGGUUUGAUUUAUACCAGGAUAUUAGGGGUCGGAGACGAUCCUUCUUCUCCCAUCGGUCGUGGGUGGCAAUCCACUUUCUUAACCACCGAUAAAAGCAUAGCAGAGGAAAGGGCUGCCCGACUAGGUAUGAAGCUGGAAUGGAUGGAAGAUGGAGUGAAAACAGUAAUGGGUCCAAUCCCUGCUGUUAAAUUUGAACAGACAAGAGGGCGCAAAAUUUGGUUUAAUAGCAUGGUAGCUGCUUAUACAGGCUGGGAGGAUGCACGGAAUGAUCCUGUGAAAGCUGUCACUUUUGGGGAUGGGACACCAUUGCCAUCAGAAAUUAUCUAUGAUUGCCUAGCAAUCCUGGAAAAUGAAUCUGUUGCCAUUCCUUGGCAAAAGGGUGACAUCCUACUAAUAGACAACUUGGCGGUCCUUCAUGCUCGACGAUCAUUCAAACCACCUCGUCGUAUACUGGCUUCACUAUGCAAGUAGUGUAGGCGCAGUUUCUCUUUUCCUGUGCACCGCUACCAACUUGUACUAUUAAUUACCUCCUACACACCAUUAUGCAUAAAUAAACAGAUAUGAGAGAAUAGUUACAAUUAAACUGCUUAUGUUUCUUAUUAUGGCAAAAGGUUCAUCACCAGUUGUUUUCAUA